CACACACACACACACACCCGUCCAGAGCACAGCGGGGUCAGGGGUCUGUGUGAAACUGCAGGACAGUGUUUUUACUCAGAUCGGACUUUUUCCUCCGUUCGGCUCAGUUACCGCUUAGUUUCCUCGAGUAAAGGCAGAAAAGAUGCUGCGCUGCUGAGACGCGCUGACCGGACCGUGUUGAGGCCGCGGAGCUGAACUCGUGUGAGUCUGGGGCAGCUGGUGAUGCCGAUGGAGAUCACGAGUCUCGAGCUGGCGCAGAUGGUGCGCGCGCAUUGCGCGCUCCCGCUGCUGCUAGACUGCAGGCCGUUCCUCGCGUUCUGCGGCGCGCGCGUGGCUUGCUCGCACAGCGUCAACUGGAACUCGGUGCUGAUGCGCAGGGAGCGCGCGCGGGCCGGGAGCGGGAUGGGCGUCGGGAGCGCGCGCCCCCUGGAGCGCAUGGUGGCCGACCGCGCGCUGCUUCGCCGCCUGCGCGCUGGGGAGUGCGCGCGCGUGGUGGUGCUGGACGAGGCGAGUCGGUCGGUGCGCGAGCUGCGGAGAGAGAGCGUGGCCGGGCUGCUGCUGCGCGCGCUGCAGGAGGAGCUGAGGGAGGACAGCACGGAGGUGUGUUUCCUGCAAGGUGGCUUUGAUGAGUUUGCAGCGUUGUAUCCUGACUUGUGUUUAAACACACCGCUCAUGUGUGGGAGUCCCACCGCCGUCAGUGACCCAGAGACUAUCUGCUCCACCAAGACCACACCUCUGUACGACCAGGGUGACCCGGUGGAGAUCCUGCCCUUCCUGUUCCUGGGCAGCGCUCACCACUCGUCUCGGAGAGAGACGCUGGAGCGCUGCGGCAUCACGGCCGUCCUCAAUGUCUCCUCGUCCUGCCCCAACCUGUUCGAGCAAGAGCUGCAGUACAUGACCCUGAGGGUGGAGGACAGCCUGGCCGCAGAUAUACGGGUGCUCUUCCCGGAGGCCAUCCGCUUCAUAGACUCUGUGAAAGAGAGCGGUGGGCGCGUUUUAGUCCACUGCCAGGCGGGCAUCUCCCGUUCCGCCACCAUCUGCCUGGCGUAUCUGAUCCAUGCCCGCCGCGUGCGCCUGGACGAGGCCUUCGACUUCGUGAAGCGCAGACGGCAGGUCAUCUCCCCAAAUCUUGCCUUCAUGGGGCAGCUGCUACAGUUCGAGACGGACGUCCUGCGUCCAUACACUGUUCUGGACUCAAAGAGCAGCAGCAGUGUGUUUUAGUGCCACAACAAACAUACAUGAAGACCUCUGAAUGCGAAUGAAGCAUCCGAUGCUAAUAGCAAGGUGGACCACACUAGUGUCACUGGCUGGCGAAGCUGAUUUUCAAACUCACCUGGUUGGAUCAAACUUCACCGAUUGCUGUCAUAGUGAGGUUUCCAAAGCAUAGCCGUUGCUAGUAAGCUCCGGAAGAGGUCUUCAUACACGAACGAGGGUCUCCCGCAGUCAUCUCUUGAGCCAACACAGUGAUGAAGGAUGUGACCUCGUUUAUUCAGUUUACAUGGUAGAGGGCACUACUGGACCACCAGAGGCGUAAAUCUCUCACCUCACAGCAGUUCAAAUUUGAUUAGGAAGCCUUUAGUGCAUCAUCAAAUCUCAGAUUUUGACAAAAUUUGAUUCAAGUUAUUUUCACGUGCAAAAACAGAGAAUGUGGUGUGCAAAAGUUUGUGCACCCCGGUCAGGUUAUCUGGUCUUUUCAUUUUCAAAGUGAAAAUAAGCAGAUUUUAAUGCACAGUUGCUUUGUGUUUGCUGAGUUUAAUAUAUUAGGGUAAAAAAAAUAAAAACGUGAAAUGUGUCCUGUGUAAAGCUUAUGGCACAUUAUAUGUGAAUUUCAGCAAAUACAUACAAAUACUGCACUAAAAUUGGCAGAACAUGCCAAAUCGUUCCCUGUAGAUGAUGUGCUGACUUAGUAAAUCUUAGAAGAACUUGUCAUUUUUACUGGGGGUGUUCAAACCUUUCCAAGUCUUUUCUUGAAAAUUGCCUGAGAAUGUAACUUUGGGCAAAAACCGGCGACAUCGUUCACUAAAUACUAUUGAUAUUUCAAAAUCAUAAUGCAUUGGUGCUUUUUGGCUCCCCCCACUGACCUCCAACACUUGACCUUCAACAGAAACAUCACUGAACAGUUACUGAAACAGCCAAGCCACACUACACCUAGCAUUUCACUGUCUCGCCAGCAAACGUGGCUGACCGUCCACUGUACAACUGGGCAAAGAAGAAAGACAUGUUGGAAUCCUGUUACUGUGCGGCGGGACUGAUAAUUAUGGUGCGACGAAGAACUGAUCACAGAGAGAUUAAGUAGUGAAUCUCGUAGCUUUUGCACAUUUACACCUCUAAGGAUGAGUUACUGUGAAGAUACUGAAAUAGGGCUACACGGAGACCAGCAAUACUACAUUAGUCAGGGCAUUCCUUCCUCCUUUAACCCCAAAGCAAUAACAUCCUGUAGCUUUUGGCAAUAAGCUUCUGUAGGACAGACUCACUGAACUCAUAUUGAACUCUUGAGGUUGCACCACUGAUUCAAGAUGAGAUGAUUUGGGUGCGAUUGGUUGGUUUGUUCCCCGUAAAGCAGAUUUUUGACUCAGGGAGGCUUCAAAGGGCUGCAAAAUAAAAAGACCUGUCAAACUGUGAUGUCCACAUACAAACUAGAGCAAAGCUAUGGCUCAUCACUAAUGUAUCCUGCAAGAUCAAGCUCUGAUUUCAAGGUGAUGAUGCUGUUGUUCUUUUUUGUUCUAUGUUACAUGUGUAUAUGGAAAAGAAAGGGAGAUUUGUUAUGUAAUUUCGUAUAUUAUGUGUUGGUUUGAUUUAAUGAGAGACUAUUUAUUUUGAUCUGUGCACUUUAUAUGUAAAUAAUCUGUUUUUAUAUUUUGGCAUUGUGUGACUGAAUCAUUUAUAAGCUACAAUGUUGGAAGGAUUAAAUUUGAUUUUACUGA